AUGGCUGAGGACAUGCAGCAGGAUGCCAUCGACUGCGCAACGCAGGCCUUGGAGAAGUAUAACAUUGAGAAGGACAUUGCCGCAUUCAUCAAGAAGGAGUUUGACAAGAAGUAUAACCCGACUUGGCACUGCGUCGUCGGCCGAAACUUUGGCUCCUACGUGACCCACGAGACCAAGCACUUCAUCUACUUCUACUUGGGCCAGGUUGCCAUUCUGUGCUUCAAGCUGCGAGCUGAGUCUAUGGUUUAA